CCGUGCUGAUGGAGGCGGUGCCGGAGCUGGAGCUGCGGACGCCUGUGCAAGGACAGAAGACAGCGGAAAGGCCGGGCCCGGACUCCGGUUAUGACUCCAGCAUCCGCUGGCAUCCGCAGCGCCGGCAGGACUCGCCCGAGGCUGUGGUGGGAAAGUUCUCGCUCUCCGGAGCCGAGUGCGAUUCCGGCCCCAGUAGCCCCGCAGCCGCCGCCUUGGAUGCGGAGGGACGCGCGGACACCUCCGGCUGCAGCCUCCUGGCGAAGGCCGAGCCGCCUGCGAGCGGCAGCUGCUCCCCGCUCGGCGAUGGCGACGGGCGGCUCCCCCGGGGCAGCGACGGGCAAGGAGGGACUCCGAGCCCCCAGCGCCUGCCGCUGAAGCGCCGUUGUGGUGAGUACUCCAACAUCCUCUGGAAAGUAAUAGCUGGUGUACAGACUGUGGUUAUUUUGGUGUUGCUUCUGACAGGAACUCUCUCUCCACAGGUCAGGCAGUGUCCAGAAGACUGGAUAUGUUUUGGAGGGAACUGUUAUUAUUUUUCCACUGAUACAAAGAGCUGGGAUGCCAGUAAGGAGUACUGCACCUCACAUGGUGCAACACUUCCUGUGAUAAAAGAGAAACUGCAACUGGAGAACAUCGAACGCUUGAGACAGAACCAUUACUACUGGAUUGGGCUAAGAAAGGAAGCAGCAGAAUGGCAGUGGGAUGAUGGAUCUCCAUUUACUAAUGAUGUCAUCCAAUUGGAAAAUGAAGACGCGAAGCUGAAGUGUUCUUUCCUAAACAGUGACAAAAUUGUUACUGUAGAUUGCACAUCUUCAAGACGCUGGAUCUGUGUCAAAGAGUCCAAAUGAGUAGUAGUCCUCUCCAGUGAAGGGUUUGUUAGUAGUGCAAGGUACAAACAUAAUCUGAUUUUUUCCAGUGGAGUUUAUUGCAACUUCUAAAUUCUAACAAGAGUUUUUAGAGAAAUGUAGCAGAUAGAGCUCUCCUGAACAUAAGAUCUAAAGUGCUGUAAUUGGAGGCCUGUUGCAAGGUGCAUUGGGGAUGCCUGUAGCUGAUGUGCCAUCACAAGCAAAAUCCAGCUCCUGUAGACAUCUGCACUUAUUUAUUUGUAUGUGUGUAUAUAUACCUACAUAUGUAUUAUAAUAGUGUUCAAAGUCAAGAUCUGGAUUAUGCUAGAUGCUGUACAAACUCAGUGAAGACAUUGUCCUGAAGAGUCAGCACCCAAAAGUGUACUUUUGUUGGGGAGUGUGUGUGUGUGUGUGUGUGUGUGUGUAUACACAUAGUGAUUCAUAUGUCCAUGUAAUACGUUAUAGGUCAUUGAGCCCUGGUAUGAAUGACGCGUGCUUGACAUGAAUGCGUGUGUUGCAAGUUAGCAACUGAAGCAAGAACUUAAGGUCAAGGACUAUUAGAACUCUUUGUGCAAAAACAAUCUUAUGCUCCAAGGAAAAAUACUGAAAAUCAUCAGAAAAGGAAAUAACAACAGCUGGACUGAUAUAAUAUUGUAUAAGAAUUGGAGGAAAUGGCAUGUCUUGGAUCAUGGCAGCCCACCCAGGAUUGUCUCUUUGGAGUUGUGUGGGUAGAAGGCCUAAUAAAGGCAAAGGACCGAUGACGCGACGGAAUGGAUUAUGAAUGGGUGCCUAUUUUUUUUUUGCAAAUCGGAGUCGUUUAUUGAUCCAGAGAACCAUGUGGAUAUAGAUGUGAUUUUCACCAGCUCCCCGCAUCUUAUGAUCUUAUCCUGAUGGAAGGAACCUCGACUGGCCAUUGGGAACAUUCUGACUUUUGGACUCCAGUAUAGUAUGUUUGGGGUGUGAAUGUGGAGUGAGUAAGGUUUGUUUUGUAAUCAGUGAAGAGCAUUUAGAGUAUUAUAUACCAACACUGUUUCCGGUAUCUGCUUGCUCCCCAUCUCGUAGGGAGACCUCUAUUACAGGUCUAACACUUAGGUAAUUUACAGACACAUAAAAAGAUUACAUUGUUUAAAAAAAAAACACAAAAAAACCACAAUGUGGGGGGAGAGAGAGUCUCAGCAUGAGCUUUUCCCCGCCAUUUAUAUUUUCUCUUCUCUGUCUUGCCUGUUGUUUUGUUUUUAGCCAUUGUCCAUGUCACUUUUUUAGUUUUUAUCUCACGCCAUUUGCCUCUUUGUCAGUGAUGUUAUUUCUAAGAAGCUAGGCAACAGUUACAUACUAGGAAUUUUGGUAAUCUUUAAUUUUUUCUUAGGAAUUCUGCCCUUUCCUCACCAUUUACCCUACUAGAACCUUUGGCUCCUUGGUUAUAUGACUUUAUAACCUUUCCCUGCUCUUCCCAAAUGCUCCUGCUACCUCCUCCCCGUGCUUCAACUACAUCACUCACCCCUUGAAACCCUCAUUUUGUUGUUAACAGAAAAAAGUCUGUCUGGAUUUUUUUCUUAAUUUCUAACACUGACAAGGGAUUAAGGGGAAAAAUAACUUUUGUUUUAUGAACAGCAUUUUAUGUAAAUUAAUGUUCACUCUUUUCCCAGCAAUUUGUGUGGAUUUUUCCAACAGCAACAGGGAGAAAAACUUUUACUUUUUUUUUUUUUAAUUGACUAGAUUUCAAGUUCAUGUUACCCACUUCAAUUCAGUCCAUUUCAGAGAUUUGGGGGUGUGUGUGUGUUUGUUUUAUAAAUGUACUUGAAUCUAUAGCAGGAUUUCCAAUUUACCACAGACACAAAAGAGUUUUGUUGCAGAAUUCAGCUCCCACUUGCUGGGCCUUCCUUAACAUAAAAUGCUCUAGAAAGCCAAUUAUAAUUUAAGUGCUAUAUCAUGGCUGUUUUAAGGCAAUGGGUCUAAACUUCUUCUAUACAGUGAUCCUAUGUGAAAACAGAAACAAUUUUCAAGAUCCUCCUUCUAUCUAGCUAUAAAGAAGGGAAAGGUGGUUGCAACUUCCUGAAACUUGUUUGUGACCUGACAAGGGUCACAGCUCCCAGGUUGAAAACCUGUUAUCUCAGGUAUCUGCCGUUAUCAACCUGUGUAGCCAGGGGUGAGUUCCAGUGCCAUAUCUUGAAUCUGUUGUUAUAAUUUUUACUAAUUGUUUGUUCAGCUUUAGAUUUCUGGGUUAUUUGCCAGACACACUUCAGAAGCUAGGAUCACGCUCCUCUGACAAGCUGCAAAAUCAAUUCUAAAUCUGCAAAGCCUACAACUCUAACCUGCCUAGAAACCCAAAUUGCAUAUUAAGGCCAUGUGAGAAUAGAUGUAGUAUGGUGUUUAGGAUCCUCAUGUCCCACUGAAGGUACCUGGCAGUAUUAGACACUUUUAAACAGUUGGAUACUUGAAGUUUGUAUAUUUUUAACACAACCCUUUUAUCAAUAACUAUUUUUUAAACUAGAUCAUGUACACUUUUCUCAAUGUAUUCAUUAUUUUUAAUUCAGAAUGUGAAGCAUCUUUCAGAACAGGGAGGGACAAAAAUGUAUAGAAGUAGCAAAGAAAGUGAGGGUGGCAUUUGGCUUCUGUUUUAUGUAUCUACAGUGUUUGCUCAUCCUGGGAAAGAAUUGGACAUGGGGCCAAAUUUCAAAGUCGUUUAGGCACCUAAAGAUGCAGGUAGGCGCCUAGUGGGAUUUUAGAAAACACAUGAGUAGGUUGGGUGCCUAAUUCUGACUCAGUCCCAUCUUAACCUUCUUAGGUGCUUUUGAAAAUCCCACUAGGUGUUUAUCUGCAUCUUUAGGCACCCGAGUGCUUUUGAAAAUCUGAUCCAUACAUGUUUUUAAAAUACCUUGUUUUCCAAACUGUAUGGUAAAUAUAGUUCAGUUGACCAUCUUAUCAGAAAUAAUUAUUAUAAUAAAAAUCUAAUCAAAGACCCUAGAUCACUUUUUAUAAUGGUCUGGGAAAAAAUAUGUACAUUGCAGAGAUACAUCCAUAGAAAACCUGUGUAUAGAAGUUCAGCAUAUUUGAAUUUGAUAAUCUUUGAUUAAAAUAAUUCCAUUUGAAUCUGUUAUUUGAUAAUCUCAAAUCAUUAUCAAUCAGAUUAAUACAGGAAAGAAGACAUGUUUUACCACCUCCUGUACUACACGGAUAGAUAAGCUAAAAGAGUUCUAAUGUGGUCAUAAUUAAUAACAUCUGUGACAACUGACAGUUCUUAAUGAGUUAAACAUCUUUUAAUGGGUCCUUAAUUUCAGUCAUUACAAAAAACAUUUGCUCUAACAAGUACCUCUUAUUAAUCACAGAACAUAAUUAGAGCAUAGGCAUCCCUUAUCAAUCACCCAGUCUUAUUUGUAACAUACUUUUGUAGACACACAUUAGUUUGAGGGGUCUUUUCCUUAGACAUUCAGAUUCCCACAAGCUUGAAGACACCAGCAAUAAUGAGAUACAGCCCAAUACGGGAAAUUCCUGAACACAAGUCACUCACAGGCUAAGAACCAAUACUCUGGGACUUAGAAUUCAAAGACAGUCUUUGCUAAUAUAAAAGAUUCUGGGGUAAUAGUUAAUAUGAAAAUGAAUGUAAUAUACAAGAAAGAGGACUAAAAAGAUUAAUAUUUACCAACAAGUAGUUGUAUGUAAAACUCAGCUAUAUAAUGUCUUUGUAUAUAUUUUUUUGUCUGUCUGUGUCUUGUCUCUUGCUCUCUCUAUUUGUUUUAUCAUAACUGACUGAGAAAUUGAGGAUUAACACAAAUAUCUCCUGCAAUUAUUCUGAUCCUAUUCAUGCUUUCUUGCGGGGUAUGGAUUACUACAUGGCAGUGUUUAUGGAAGGGUACAGUGGUGAUGCAAAGAUAUUGUAAACAGCUGCAUCUGAUGCCAAUGGACUAAGCACCGAAUAGCUCCCAUGUUUUAACACACUCGAAAAUCAGACAAGUGCCUAAAUAUGGAUGUAACCUAACUUCAGGCUCUUAUUUUUAAAAAACAAAUUAUAAAAACAUUACAAUAGCCUGGGGCUCAAAACUUAAUGUGACCUUUUCAUAAGAGUGCAAAGUCACCAAAGCUUGUAGCCUGAGCUGGGCAUACUCCAGUGUAGAUGGCUAAUCAGUUCUGACAAGCUUAAUUCUAUGAGUCCAGACCAACUAACUGCUGUAUGCUCCAUAGGACCAGUAGGCCUGGGAUUAAGAACAUAAGAAUGGCCAUACUGGGUCAGACCAAAGGUUCAUCUAGUCCAGUAUCCUGUCUUCUGACAGUGGCCAAUGCCAGGUGCCCCAGAGGGAAUGAACAGAACAGGUGGUAAUCGAGUGAUCCAUUCCCAGCUUCUGGCAAACAGAGGCUAGGGACACCAUCACUGCCCAACCUGGCUAAUAGCCAUUGAUGGACCUAUCCUCCAUGAAUUUAUCAAGUCCUUUUUUGAACCCUGUUAUAGUCUUGGCCUUCA